CGGUUGUUCCAGCUCUGUGUCCUCCAUUUUCCGGUAUCGUGUUUCUCUAUUUGGCUGUGACUCCCCGUUAUAAGUAUUUUGUAUCUAUAUCGACAAAUUCGAAUUUACUGUAUACUUACUUCACCUAUAUUACUUUUCAAAUAAGUGUGUAAGCAUAGCAGUUCUCAGUCAAAAUGCGGCAGACAGGGUUCUUCCAUCACAUCGGCUCGUUUCUGCUAUUAGCGGCUACGGUGCUGCUGAUUAUCACCGACAUCUCAGCUCCUGUAGUGAACAGCAUUUCGAUGUUGAGAGUCAAUCUCGAUGAUCGUAAUACAUCACCAGAAGGUCACCCAGCCGUGACCUUCGGUACCUUCGGCUACUGCGUAACAGGCGCUACAGCUUCCGGCCAGGACUUCUGCAGCCGGUCGCACGUCGGCUAUGACCCAGUCACCGUUGUUCAGAACAACGUGCAGAAUGUAGACUUCUCGGACUAUGCGGCAGACACGUCUAAAGGCUUGACGCGCGUUAUGGUCUUGCACCCGAUCGCAACGGGACUGGCCUUCAUCUCAUUCCUUUUAGCACUCGGUGCUGGGGUCGUCGGUAGCCUGCUUGCAUCGCUGUUCUCGCUGCUCACCUUUAUCGUCACACUUGUCGCGCUUGUUUGCGACUUCGUAUCGUUCAGCAUUAUCCGAUCCGAGGUUAACAGCGCUGGUAACGGUAGCCGCGCCGAGUGGGGUGCCGCGUCUUGGACUAUCCUCGUCUCUGCCAUCUGCAGCUUCCUGGCUACGUUCAUAGUCUUCUUUACGUGCUGCAGCGCUAGGAUGCAUAGACGCCGAGAUAUCCGUCACGGUGCCAAGGACGUGCCCGAGGGUUAUGGCGCCCCCGCGCGUCGGAGGCGGUGGUGGUAAACCAUAUCGGACUAUCCCUGAACAGAUUACAUGAUCUUGUUACAACAUCAAAUGCAGGCUCCGACCAACAGACGGUCGUAAGGAUUAACGAUGAACUACGAUAAAAAAGCAAAUGAACGAAAACGAAAGCGAAAGCGAAAAUAUGAGACAGUCCUUGACUUUCCGAUUAAUGAGAGCGAGUGUGGGUGAUUACGAAGAAAUUAAAAGGGGGAUGCAUUUAAACUUCGGCAGACUUCUUGGUUGACUUAUUAUAUACCCUUCAUACUUAAUUGCUUCUUUUUACUUAUACCUA